AUGGCUUCUACCAGACUGCCCCUCCCCCGCCAUCUGCGCCUGCGGGUGGCGUCGCCGAGGUUCACCACUGGCCUGACACGGGCAUCACCAGCAUCCUCUGCACGUGUCGCCAGCCUCUGCGCUCGCCCUGCGACGGCGGCGUCCCUGCCUGUUGGCAUUCGCGCCUUCAGCGCGACGUCGUCGGCCUUGACGCCUUACGCCAAGGACAACACGGACGUGAUGCUCAAGGCGCUGGAUCCGCCAGUCAAGACCAUUGACGAGUUCAUUCCGAGGUCAUCCCAGCAGACAUUUUUGUCGGGAGAGGGCGGCCUUCCUCCCCAAUGGCGAGCCCCUCCUCGAGAGCGACAUUGCGUCCAUCGCAAAGAUGCUCAAGACCACCGAGCAGUACUCGGCCCCCUUGAUCGGUGCUGGUUAUUACCCCACCAUCACGCCCAGGUCAUCCAGACUAAUGUUCUGGAGAACCCGGCUUGGUACACCAGCUAUACGCCCUACCAGCCCGAGAUCAGCCAGGGCCGCCUCGAGUCUCUCCUCAACUUCCAGACCAUGGUCUCCGACCUGACCGCUCUCCCCAUCUCCAACGCUAGUCUUCUGGACGAGGGUACGGCAGCCGCCGAGGCCAUGACCCUGUCCAUGAACGCUCUCACGACCUCUCGUGCCAAGAGGGCUGGGAAGACAUACGUCGUAUCCCACCAGAUUCAUCCUCAGACGCUCUCUGUCCUGCAGGGCCGAAGCCAGGGGUUCGGUGUCAAGAUCGAGACUAUGGAUGUUACGUCUCCUGAUGCUCAUGAGCGCAUCAAGGCUCUCGGUGACGACCUUGUCGGUGUCAUGGUUCAGUAUCCUGACACCAGGGGUCACGUCGAGGACUUCAAGGCUCUCUCCGAAGUCGUUCACUCGCAGAAGGCUCUUUUGGCUGUUGCCACUGACCUUCUGGCUCUGACUCUCCUAACUCCCCCCGGUGAAUGGGGAGCCGACAUUGCCUUCGGUACUGCCCAGCGAUUCGGCAUUCCUCUUGGCUUUGGUGGACCCCACGCUGCCUUCUUCUCUGUCACCGACGCACACAAGCGCAGGAUGCCCGGACGUCUCAUUGGUGUCUCCCGCGAUCGCACGGGCAAGAAUGCCAUGCGCCUGUCUCUCCAGACUCGUGAGCAGCACAUCAGGCGAGAGAAGGCCACGAGCAACGUGUGCACAGCCCAGGCGCUGCUCGCUAACAUGAGCGCCCUCUAUGCAAUUUACCAUGGCCCUGAGGGCCUCAAGCAGAUUACCAACCAGGUCGUCGCCCGCGCACGCGGCGUUCAGGCGCUUGCCAAGCAGUUUGGCAUCACGACUGAGGAACCUCGCAACUCUCCCGAUGGCAAGGUCCUCUUCGACACGGUCAUUCUCAAGGCUGGCGACAAGCUCGCCGAGAACAUCGUCGAGAAGGGUGAGCAGCUUGGUCUUCACUUCCGUAAGCUUGGCGGUGGCGAUCUCGGCGUCAGCAUCGGCGAGGCCACGGAUGCGCAGGCGUUCCAGAGGCUUGCCAUCACCUUCGCUGCGGCCACUGGUGGAGACCCCAACAAGGCUGGCGACGCUGCCAUUGAGGUUCUCCGCAAGGAGGGCGUCGAUGUGCACAGCACGCUGCCUGACACUUUCAAGAGACAGUCGGAGUACCUUACUCACCCUGUUUUCAACACGCACAGGAGCGAGACGGAGAUCCUCCGUUACAUCUACCACCUUCAGUCGAAGGAUCUUUCGCUCGUCCACUCCAUGAUCCCCCUGGGAUCCUGCACCAUGAAGCUUAACGGUGCGACUGAGAUGUCCCUGAUUUCCAAGGACACUUUCUCCAACCCUCACCCUUUCGUCGACCCCAAGCACACCCCUGCCUACCUCGAGUUCAUCAAGCAGCUUGAGGACCAGCUGUCCGGCAUCACCGCCAUGGACGCAACCACUCUGCAACCCAACUCGGGAGCGCAGGGAGAGUUUGCUGGUCUGCGCGCCAUCCGCAGGUACCAUGAGCAGCAGCCGGGUACCAAGCGCGACAUCUGCCUGAUUCCCAAGUCUGCCCACGGCACCAACCCUGCGUCUGCCGCCAUGGCCGGCAUGCGCGUCGUCCCUAUCGAGUGCGACAACCUGACGGGCAACUUGGAUAUUGCGGAUCUCGAGGCGAAGUGCAAGAAGCAUGCUGCCGAGCUGGGCGCCAUUAUGGUCACGUACCCUAGCACCUACGGUGUCUUUGAGCCGAACAUCAAGCAGGUCUGCAACAUUGUGCACGAGCACGGCGGCCAGGUCUACAUGGACGACCUUCUGCAUCCCCCACGGUGGAGGUGGUCCUGGCGUUGGCCCCAUCUGCGUGAAGAAGCACCUGGCUCCCUACCUGCCCGGCCGUCACCCCGACGACAAGGAGGCCAUGAUCAGUAG